AUGAGUCCCUUCAGUAUCUUCAGAGCGGCUCUUAUACUUGUUGCAAGCAUCAACACUGGGAACACGUUCUGUCUCAGUGGGUGUAGAAGUUUCCAGUCUGGGAGCAGGCUGAAGGCUCGAAAUCUGUUGAGAGCUGCACCGAGGGUUGCGGUGACGGCAAGAUCGAACGUGUUGUCGUCGUUGACGAUGUCGGAAGCUGUCGAGCGAGGAUGGGAGACCUCGACUUUGAACGAUCAGCAAGAGAGCCAAGACAGCAUGUGCAAACAAGAUAGUUUGGAAGUCGGUGAUGUUGAGAGGUUCCUCAAGAGCAGGGAUGUAGAGUACACAAUCGUGGCAGUCGAGAGGGGAGAGGAGGAGGAAGUGAACGCGGAGAGCACGGCGGUACUUCUGGGAGUGAACAGUAGCGUCGUUGUCAAGUCUCUUGUCUUUGUGGUAGGAAACCAUCCUGUCCUCGUUGUGCUCUCCGGGAACAAGAAAGUCAGCAUCAAGAAACUCAGUCAGUGCCUGAAGCAGAAGAGAGACAGGCUGAGGGAGCGGGGUGAGAGCAUGGCCAUAGCGGACCGUGCUGCCUCUGUCAAGCUUGCGCCGUCGGAGGACGCGGAGGAGUGGACCGGGUACAGGAUAGGAAUGAUACCUCCCUUUGCUCACAGAAGAAGCAUGCUCACUAUCGUGGACGAGGAGGUGCUGCGAACUCCUCGAGUGUUCGUUGGGUGCGGGAGAAUGGAGCUGGAGCUGUCGAUCAAGGUGGAGGACCUGCUGGCCGUCACAGGAGCCGUCGUAGCGGAUGUGGGGAGAGUGAAGGAGGAGGGGAGGAGGGAGGGGCCCCUCCUUCCUUACUCUCGUUUCCACACCUCAGUCACGGGAGGGAAGACAAAGGUGCGGCAAGUGCUGGAGGGAGGGGAGGAGGAGGAAGGCGGCGGGGAGGAGGAGCGGGAGCGAGACGAAGAGGAGGCAGGGGAGGAGACGGGCUCGGACAAGGUGUAUGAAAUCACCUCGGAAUGGAAGGAUGUAGAUCCUGAGACGCUCCCUUCCACAUUCCUCACUGGAGAUUUCUGCCUCAUCUCUGCUAACAAGAUCGGGCGGCGACUGCUGUUCGGGUUUGCCGUCCACCGGGACAUGCGGCAGGAGGUAGCGCGGCUGGUGUCGUCGAGGAGUCUGCACCGGUCCGGGUCGGAGGAGUUUUGA